AUGGAGGCACUAUUUAAAGGCUCUUCUUAUCUCUUACCUUCCUCUAAACCUCCAAAAACCAUUACCAUGUUAGCAUCAAACCCUCUUCGUUUCAAUUUCCCAAAUCACCACCUUUCUUCAUCCUCAUCGUUUUCACGCCAAUUUUCUCUACAAAAUAACCCCAGAAAAUCAUUCUCACUCAUUAUGAAUGCCCGGAAGAAAGAUAAGAAAGAAGAUACUCAUAGCUUUGUGCCCAAAUCAUAUGAAGCCACCGGCUUCUUCCCUGAAUCUGUUCUUCUUAAAAAGAAGACAGUUGAGGAGGAUGGUAAACUUCUUCCGGAGUUUGAAGAUGAUGAUGAAAGAAAGCUCUAUGAAUCCCUAAAGCUUGACGUGGAAACUGAUAUGGACGUUGAACUAUUGCGCCACUAUGAGAUUGUUUACUUGAUUCAUGAGAAACAUGCAGAAGAGGUUGUAGCUGUUAAUGAGAAAGUUCAAGACUUUUUGAGGGAGAAGAAAGGAAGAGUAUGGAGAUUCAGUGAUUGGGGUAUGAGAAAGUUGGCUUACAAAAUCCAGAAAGCUAAUAACGCACACUACAUUUUGAUGAACUUCGAGAUGGACGCCAAAUAUAUCAACGAGUUGAAGACUUUGCUGGACAGAGAUGAAAGAGUUAUUCGACACCUAGUGAUAAAGAGGGACGAAGCAAUCACUGAAGAUUGCCCUCCUCCUCCCGAGUUUAAUACUUUUGUUGGUAACACAGAUGAUGAAGAAGAAUCGGAUGAUGAAGGAGAAUGGGAUGAUGAAGACGAGGAAGAUGGAUCUGAUUAUGAUGAUAUUGAGGGUGGUGAUGGAAUUUUCAUUAUAGACGAUGAUGAUUUGGAAAUAUCAGAGGGCCAGAAAAUAGCAUAAUGAGGAUUGAGAAUGUAGGUAGAUAGGUGUUUGUUUUUUUAAUCUUGAAUUUUUUUUCAUUUUUUGUUCCUUUUUUCGUUAGAAUAUAAAGCAGUUCUGAACAUUAUGGCUUUACAUAUAUAUGGAAAUCAAAGUGCUAUCCAAUUUCUUGUUUAA